UCUCCUUAAUCUCGCAUAGAUCUUCCCUACACAAACAAAACCCAAAAACCUGGCUCCCAUGUUGAACUUUGUUGCUUUGAGCAUUUGUCUCUUAGUCUUAGCAUGGGAGCCUCAUCAUCAAGCACAGGCCUCAAGGAUUGGAUUCAAAGAUAAAAAAACAAUCUUGGGCGGUGAAAUUUCAACUGAUCAUGGUUUGUGUGCCUCUUCGGUCGUUGUCCAUGGCUACGAAUGCCACGAACAUGAAGUUACAACCGAAGAUGGGUACAUUCUUAGCCUGCAAAGGAUUCCUGAAGGUCGAGCUAAAACCGGAGGCAAUGUGACUAAGAAGGAACCAGUUAUUGUACAGCAUGGAAUUCUGGUGGAUGGAAUGUCAUGGUUUUUGAACUCUCCAGAGCAAAACCUGCCCAUGGUUCUAGCUGAUAAUGGCUUCGACGUGUGGAUUACUAAUACCCGAGGAACCAGAUUUAGCCGCCGACACACUUCCCUCGACCCUUCUAGCCAAGCCUAUUGGCAAUGGUCAUGGGAUGAAUUGGUUACUUAUGAGCUGCCUGCUAUUUUUGAUUAUGUUUCCAACCAAACAGGGCAAAAGAUAAAUUACGUCGGCCAUUCUUUGGGGACUUUGGUGCCUUUGGCAGCCUUCUCUGAAGCGAAAUUGGUGAAUCAGCUGAAAUCAGCAGCACUGCUUAGUCCCAUUGCCUAUUUGAGUCACAUGACCACCUUAGUUGGAGUUGUUGCAGCCAGUUCCUUUGUAGGAGAGGCCUUAAACCUAAUGGGUAAUGCAGAAUUCGAUCCCAGAGGGUCACUUGCUGAUGAGUUUUUAGGAAAUGUCUGUGCUCAGCCUGGGGUAGACUGCAGUAACUUGUUUACCGCACUUUCAGGUGAUAAUUGCUGCAUCAGUUCUUCAGCUGCUGAUGUGUUCUUGAGAGAUGCACUUCAACCAACAUCAACAAUGACGUUGGUACAUUUGUCACAGACUGUUAGAACUGGGGUUCUUUCAAAAUACGACUAUGAGAGUCUAAGCAGAAACUUGCAACAUUAUGGAAGAUUUUUCCCUCCAAAAUACAACCUCCCCAACAUCCCCCAUGACCUCCCUCUCUUCAUGAGCUAUGGAGGUUUAGAUGCGCUCUCCGACGUUACGGACAUCGCGAAUUUACUUAAUGAUCUUAAGUAUCAUAACAAGGACAGGCUAAAUGUUCAGUACAUCAAGGAGUAUGCUCAUUCUGACUUCAUCAUGGGGGGCAAUGCCAACGACCGGGUGUACAAAGCUAUGAUUGCAUUUUUGAAACGCCAAUUUUAACACUAAACUUGAUGGGGAGCACGUGAGGAGUUUCUUAUUGUCCAAGCUGGCUCAUUGAAGGAGUGAAGCUGUUGUACUGUUAGUUGUCUAGUGAAGUUUACAGGUGUUACGCCUUACAAAUCCCCCGAGUCUUUUGUGUUCAAAUUGAAAUUGGAUGAUCUAGAACUCAUUUCGAUGUAAAUCAUUGAGUACUUAUUGGAACUUAUCCGGUAUUUUUUCUUGUAAAUAAGCACCAUUAAGAACCAAUAAGCCUGUACGUACUCAGUCAUUAGAAGAAAAUUGUACCCCACUAUUAACUUC